AUGGUGAAUGUUAUGAAAGGUGUUCUUGUUGAGUGUGACCCGGCAAUGAAACAAUUUCUUUUACACCUUGAUGAAACAUUAGCACUCGGAAGGAAAUUUAUUCUUCAAGACUUAGAUGAAACUCACCUCUUCAUAUCAUCAGACAUUGUUGAUACCUUACAAGCGAGAGUGGAUGAUUUAAUGGAUCAAGAGUCAGGUAGAGUUAAGGAUGCAGAGAAGAAGAGAGUGUUGGAUGAUGUAACACGGAAGAGGAGAGCUCGUAAAGCCAUUGAGGCACUUGAACAGGACAAUUUCCAUGAUGACCCACAUGCUGACCUGGUUAUGUCAAAAAAGGUGCCCAAAUUUGCAGACUCAAACGAGAAACCAACAAGAAAGAAAAAGUCGAGAAGUGCAGAAUAUUACAAGAUGAGGUUUAGAAAGACAUUUACUCAGCUUGUUGAAGAGGAUGCUAGUUUUAGACCAGAUCCACCGAAUUACCUUUCCGCUCAGGUACCGCCUUCUAGAUUUCCCGAUAGACACUUCUGUGCUGUUUGCGGUUUUCCCUCAAAUUAUACGUGUAUUCCGUGCGGAGCGCGUUAUUGCUGUGUGAGAUGCCUUGGAACGCACUUAGAUACGAGAUGCCUUAAAUGGACUGCUUAA